UAUCCACGGCCGUGUUGAGGAAGCAAAAAAACAAUUUUUUUUGCUCGUCUGCCACGACCGACCACUGACCAACCAAGAUGAAGCUGUUUGUGUCCACGCUGCUUGUGCUCGCGGCUGUUGCUUGCGCCGAGGAGGCUCGCCUCCUUGUGUCCAAGGACAUUGUCAACACCAUUGCCGUUGCAGAGCGCGACAUCACCGUCAGAUACUCCCUUUUCAACAUUGGCGAGGAGGAGGCCAAGGACAUCUCUGUGACGGACGAAGGAUUCACACGUGAGGACUCUCCCUUCACCCUUGUGGCUGGUCUGCCCUCGUUCAACCUUGCGGGUCUCAAGGCCGGUGCCAACGUGAGCCACAACGUUAUUGUGCGCGUUGAUCGCCCGGGCUACUACAACCUCACCGCGGCCCGCGUCACCUACUUUGCCAGCGAGGACGCCGAUGCCGAGCAGGUUGCAUACAGCAGCAUGCCCCGGGACGUGCCCAUCCUGCCCAACAGCGACUUUUCCCGCGUCUACGACACUCACGUGAUCCAGUGGGUCAUCUUCCUUGCUGCAUCGAUUGGCCUUGUCUUCCUGCCCUUCAAGGCCUUCAACGACAGCGCAAGCAAGCACAUUCGCAUGGCGGGUCGCAAGUAGAAGCCUUGACACAUAUGCACACACACACACGCGCGUGCACAGGCACAGACACUCACACACGCCCGCCAGUGACCGUCAUCGUUCUUCUGUUGAUUGGGUGCACAUGUUGUUGUUGUUGCUGUUGUUGUUGUUGUUGUUGUUGUUCACCACGCACUUGCUUGAUGAGGCUGGUUGGCUGGUGCAUUUGUACAGUGUGGACUGGUUGGCUGUUGGUUGUGCUGCUUGUUGGGCUUGAUGAUUGAAUGAACUGAACAAACACAG